AUGAUGAACGGAAGUGUUGGUUUGCAACAACAACCAUUUAUUAGCUCACUAUCAACAGCUAAUUCCAACAACUACCAACCUGCAUCCGUCCCUGCACCAGUCAUGUCAAAUGGUACAGAAGAGGAACCAGAAGCUAAAAUACCAAAACCCGAAGUGAAUGGAAAUGCAUCAUUCACUACUGCACCGUAUGAUUUCAAUCAAGUUGGAACUUUAAUCUCAGGUCCUGGUUCAAGACUUGGUAUUUUAGGUGCACUUGCUGCUCCUUUAAUCAAAUUGAGUACGGAACAAAAUGAAGCUGUUGCCAAAGCCAAAAAAUAUGCUAUGGAACAAAGUAUUAAAAUGGUAUUAAUGAAACAAACAUUAGCCCAUCAACAACAACAAGCCAAGUCAUUCCAUCGGCACCAAGCUUUAAUAUUAAUGUGCCGAGUGUAUGUUGGAAGUAUUAGUUUUGAACUUAAAGAAGACUCAAUUAAGCAAGCAUUUUCACCAUUUGGUUGUAUUAAAUCAAUUAACAUGUCUUGGGAUCCAAUUACUCAAAAACACAAAGGUUUUGCAUUUGUAGAAUAUGAAAUACCAGAAGCUGCUCAGCUUGCACUUGAACAAAUGAAUGGAGUAAUGCUUGGUGGUCGAAAUAUAAAAGUUGUUGGGCGUCCUAGCAAUAUGCCACAAGCACAAUCUGUUAUUGAUGAGAUUCAGGAAGAAGCUAAACAAUAUAAUCGUAUUUAUGUAGCAUCUAUACAUCCAGACUUAACUGAAGAUGAUAUAAAAAGUGUAUUUGAAGCAUUUGGCCCAAUUAGGACAUGUAAACUUGCGCAAGGUAGUACACCAAACAGACAUCGUGGCUAUGGUUUCAUCGAAUACGAGGGUCGUCAAGCGGCUAUUGAAGCAAUAUCUUCAAUGAAUCUUUUUGACCUUGGAGGGCAGUAUUUAAGAGUCGGGCGUGCCAUUACUCCUCCAAAUGCGCUUCAUGGUCCUUCAUCUUCAAGUCAUAUGCCUACAGCUGCUGCUGUUGCAGCUGCAGCAGCUACAGCAAAAAUUCAAGCGAUGGAUGCAGUUGCUACUAACGCAGUUUUAGGUUUAAGUAAAUUAAGUUCUCAAUUAGGUGCUCAAACUGCUGUCUUACCUGGUUUACAACAGUUACCUACUACAUUAGGUAUAACUCCUGCUGUUCCAGCUGCUACUAUACCUCCGCCAGGAAUUGCUAUACCACAACAAAUUAGAGCUCCGGUACCAAUAAUACCAGGUACCACAGGAUUGAGUCCAGUUAUUCAACAAUCUAUACCUCCGCCAACACUUAUAAAUCCUACGCAAUUAGCUGCCCCUGUAAUUCCAACAGUAACAGCAGAUGCACAAAAACGGGCUGAUCAACAAAAAAAACAAGAAGAAUUACAAAAAAAAUUAUUGGAAGAAACUGAACCUCAAACAUUACAACAACAAGAAAACAUGUCUAUUAAAGGACAAAGUGCUAGACACCUUGUUAUGCAAAAAUUAAUGCGGAAAACUGAGAGUAGAGUUGUUAUACUCAGAAACAUGGUUGGAGUUGAAGAUAUAGAUGACAGUUUACAAGAAGAAAUUCAAGAUGAAUGUAGCAAAUUUGGUGUAGUUGAACGUGUUAUUAUUUAUAAAGAAAAACAAUCAGAUAGUGUAGAUGACGAUUCAGAUACAAUUGUAAAAAUAUUUGUAGAGUUUACACAGAUGUCAGAGGCCGAACAAGCUCGUGACUCCCUAAAUGGUCGAUUCUUUGAUGGACGUUUAGUUAAAGCUGAACUUUAUGAUCAAGCAUUAUUUGACCAUAGUGACUUUUCUGGUUGA